AGAGCGCUGGCGGCCGGCGCCGUGGGGCAGCGGCCGCGCACCGCGGAGAACGCCGUGGCGCCCUCGCUGCGGAGGCACCAGAUGGCCCAGCGCCAGCAGCGCGCGCAGUCCGCGGGCGGCACGAGCGGGCAGGCCCGGUUGGCCAGGCCGCAGGUGGACUCCCGGGCCCCCAUGGCCGAAGGCGGUGGCCCAGGAGCGCUGGAGGCGCCGAGGCCUGCCACCGAGGUUCCUCUGGGCGAGAAGGAGCAGUGCUGGAUGAGUGCCACGCUGUCCUCCGUGCGCGAGGUGAAGGAUCGCAGAAAGUUCGACAUCCUCAACGACGGCAUGACCCUGCCGCCGGGAGCACUGCGAGGGGGCCAGGGCAGCACCAGGAUGACGAUGCCGCCGAACGCCGCCAGCGAUCCUUCGCCGUCGCGCAGCGGGACAGGGAAGCCGCUGGCGUUCCCAGUGACUGCGCCGACCGGCACCGAGGCCUCGGGCGGCGUGUCCUUGCACUCGGCGCCCCCGGCCCCCUCGUCCCCGACCCACGGCUCCAAGGACCGGCCGAGGCCCAGCGCCGUGGGCGUGACGUUCCAGGCGGAGGCGAUGAGCAGGAGGUCCUCGGCGGCGAGCGCCCACAGCGGCUCCGACCACGGCAGGAGGCACUCCUCGGGGAGCUCGGGGUCCGAGGAGGAGGAGCUGGGCCUCAAGGCCUACCGCGUCCCGUCCAGGGCUGGCGCAGCGAAGGGCCAGCUCAUCAACAAGCGCGCCAUCCGGGAGCGGGCCAUGAGCAGGCUGGUGACCCAGGCGCACGGCCUGGACGAGGUGGAGGUCGCGCGCGUGCGCUCCGCGUUCUGGCGCUUCCGCGCCCCGCUCGCCUCGGAGGUGCACAAGGACGACCUGCCGAGGGUCCUGUCGCACCUCGGCUACACGAAGCUCGACCAGGAGGUGAUCGAUAGCAUCGGCGCGGAGGUCUGCGUCUAUUCCGCGCUGGACCUGAUGGAGCUCUGCUCGUUUGUCGAGCGGUUUGCAAAGUAUGAGGUGGACGAGAUGCGAAAGAUGUUCAAGAGAUUCGACGAGGACGGCAGCGGCGAGAUCUCCACCGACGAGCUGCGCAAGUUCAUGAGCGCGCUCGGAUUCACUCCGCUGCGGAGCUCCAUCGCAGAGGCGCUGGCGGCCGUCGACGAGGACGGCAGCGGCUCCCUGAACUUUGAGGAGACGGUCCACCUCCUCGAGGUGUACAAGAGCACCGAGGGCUUCACGCAGCCCGAGGUGCAGGCGCUCUACGACGCCUUCAUGGCCGAGACCAGGGCGCAGUUCCCGGAGUCCGAGGGCCACAGGCCGAUGCCCAAGGAGUCCACCAUCGGCAUCGCUGCGGCCAAGUACAUCCGCGGGAGCGGCGAGGCCGACGCGACGGGGUGGACGCUGCCGGCGAGGAGGCUGGCCCACGUGCUCCUGCGCCACUUCGGCCCGUCGUCGCUGGACGUGGCCACGCGGCUGGGCAGCGAGGUGGUCCACGGCGGAGGCCUGUCCUUUGCCGGCGCGACCAGCAUCAAGCCCGAGAGCGUGGAGCACCGGCUGUCGGACGAGAGUGCCGCGGGGGCGUGCCAGUGCCAGCCGCUGUCCUUCCAGGAGGUGCUGCUCUGGGCGAGGCGCCUUCGGGAGAUCACCUUCGCCGACUGGAGGGGCAAGUUCGAGAGGUACGACCAGGACGGGAGUGGCUCCAUCGACAGGGAGGAGCUGCAGCAAGUGGUCCAGAACCUGGGGUACACGGUGCACAAGGACGUCGUGGAGGAGUACCUGGAGCAGGCCGACGAGGAUUGGGAGGGCGCCGCCAAGGACGGACAGUUGGACUACGAUGAGUUUGUGAACUUCAUGCUGAUCCUGCGCGAUCACGAGGGCUUCUCUGCGGCCGAGCAGCGGGAGAUCGAGAAUGUCUUCACCAAAUUCGACACAAAUCACAGUGGCGAGAUCGAGGUGAUGGAGCUCAACAGCAUCUUCCAGUAUUUAGGUAGCGUGAUCAGAAUCGAGGAAGUGAACAAGCUGUUGUUGAAGGUCGACUUCAACGGGAGCGGCAGCCUGGAUUUGAGGGAGUUCCGCCGGCUGAUGCGCCUCCACCGCGAGGAUGAGCUGUCCGAGCUGCGAGAAGCCUUCGACCUCCACGCGCGAGAAGCCGCGGAGUCGACGACGCAGCGGCAGAGCCUCGCGGCGAUCUCGUCUGGCAAGGUGAUCACCCAGCACGAGGCGUCGGAGAUCCUCAGCGCGAUGGGCUACCCCGACUCCCUCGUGGACCUCUCAGAGGGCGGGGUAACCAAAAUGGCAUCGGCUCCGACGAGAAUGGCGUCGACAGCCAACGCCGUCACGCUACUGACGUUCGACGAUGUGAUCAGCAUGCUGAACCAUCGGCGAGAAGUGCGCGUAAAGGAGCAGCGCUGCUGUGCUGGAUUCACAGAGCACGAGCUGAAGGACUUGAAGAUCGUGUUCGACCGGUACGACACCGACGGAUCUGGGGUACUCAGCGGGAAGGAGGUGGCACCGCUGCUCGAGCAGCUCGGCCUCUCCACUGGCACCGUCCAGGACCGCGAACGCGUGCUCAACGAGAUCGACAAGGCCAGGGCCAUGGCGGUGGCCGCCGGCGUCUCGGACAUCGGCGAGAGAGGCUCCGGCACGAUGAACUUCUGGGAGCUCGUGCAGCUGCUUCGGCUGCUGUACUCCCACGUGGACAGCCAGGUCCUGGAGCGAGAGAACCGGGCCAUAGAGGAGACGCAGUUCAAGCGAGCAGAGGUGGACGAUUUCCGGGAGAUCUUCGUCGACUGGCUGGAGAAGCACAGGCAGUUCCUGGCGGAGACCAGGGCUAUCCACCAGAAUCAGCGCCUCUCGCACCCGAGGUGGGUGAACUCCCGUCCGCAGGAGGACCACCACGACGCCGACGCCCUCGACGGGGACGCCAUCAGGCGGCUCAUCUCCUCGCUGAGCCUCAGAAUGGACAGCGCGCAGAGGGGCCAGCUGGAGCAGAAGAUCAGAGACUUCAAGAACGGGGGCUCCAUCGUCUUCCCCGACUUCCUGCGGCUCAUGCGGUGGAUGCUGGACACCGACUUCGCGGGCCUGACGCAGGCCCUCCACCGGGACCGGUGACUUGGGAGCCGCGGCGAGCGGCGACGAGUCCCGGCCCUGGGCCGCGAGAGGGCGCGGGCAGCGGCGGGCGCGGGCGGCGGCCGCGCCAGCGAGCGGCCGAGGGGGGAGCGUCGGGCGAAGGCGGUCUGCGUGUGCGGCUCAGUCAGUGUCUCGUCAGAGGUCACCGACAGGCUCGUGCGGCACCGAGCGUUUUCCAUCAUGCUGGGCUGCUUCAGCUCGUCGCCCUCUCCUGCCUGGAGGGCCUGGGCACGAGAGACGUCCGCAUCGCUGCAUAUUCUAGCUGAGACACUUCGACUUGCCGCGAGCUUCUUAGGACCAGUCUCACUUUCCUUCGCGCUCCCAGCAACAUCUGUGACUCUUCGUUGUCCACUUGUCCCCUCCUGUUUUGGUCUUGUCAGCAUGUCUUUGUUGACCUUGCUCUGUGGCGGCAACAUCCCUGAAACCAGGCAAUGUGCUGAGCUUCAGUGUAGAUCAUGGUAGGAUUAUGCUGGUGUUUCUUUUAGGUCCGCGCGCGUGUUGCGCGUGGGAAGGCCCUGGACAGCACAUGCGGUUGCAAAAAAACAGUGUUCAC